CGCACGACCACCAGCCCUUGUCUCAUAGCACACAAAGUUUCUGCAAAGAUGUCCGCUGCCGACAAAGUCCAACAGCACCCCGCCUUCCAGCAGGCCCAAAAUAAAGUUAGCUACUAUGUGUCCCAGCUUGACAAGGAGCUCACGAAAUAUCCCGCUCUGAACACGUUCGAGCAACGCACCCAAGUCCCCAAGACCUACGCCUUCCUCGGCGCCGUAGGCAUCAUCGGUCUCUUCCACAUGUUCAACGCUCUUGCGUCGCCCACCUCUAACCUCGUCGGCUGGGCCCUCCCCGCCUACUUCUCCUUCCGCGCGCUCGAGAGCCCCGGCCCCCAGGACGACACCCAGUGGCUUACGUACUGGGUCGUCUUCGGCUUCUUCAACUUCCUGGAGAGCUUUGCCCUCCGCAUCGUUCUCUACUACUUCCCCUGGUAUUUCACCUUCAAGACUCUGUUCACUCUCUGGCUACAGCUCCCUGCCUUCCGCGGCGCUCAAACCGUGUACCACACCGUCUUGAAGCCCGCUUUCGCCAAUGUCAGCUCGCGCGCUGUUUCUGCGACUACCAACUCACAGCCCGAGACCACAGGCUACACGGCGGAGUAAAUGAACGUCGUCUCUACCUUUCUCUGGCGUUGGUUCGUUGAAUCCAGUCGUCACCCUUCCGUUUCCUGGUGACGAUUGGUGGGUGUCAAAUAGACCUUGUUUGGACCGAAUGCUCUGUUUCUUUUCUCCCUCUCAUGAAGCGCUUGAAACAUACUCGCGAACUUGCCCUUUCCCCGCUGUCUUCUUAUUAUUUGUAUAUUCUAAGAACGAUCUGCGAUGACUCUAACGAGCUGAUAAUAUAUGCCAGUACUCUGCAC